AAAUUCGUCAAUUAAACUACACCAUGAACAUGGUCCCAAAUCUUAAAUUUUCCAGUAUUUUUAUCCACUCUACGUCAUGCUGGCGAGGGUAGUGAAUAUUAUUUACCAAGGAGAACUUCUAAAUCGAAUAUGCUUCAAGAAUGUUGCCUACGAACUUCCACAGUCUACAGCAAAUAAAAAAUCUCAUCCAUGGAGUAUCUUAUACACUCUUUUCUCCCAGUAUAGGAAUAUGAGCAAAGAUGGAACCAAUUCUGAUGCACUGUUUAAAGAUCAAGUUGCCAAACAGUUUCAAAAAAAUGUUCUUAUUCAAAUAAAACCAAAUUUUUAUCAUGGUUCAUCAUUAAACAAUGAAAAUUUAAAAAAAGUAAAUCUGAAAUCUAAAGUACUAAAAAGAGCAAUACACCAUGAAAGUGGUGACGAAAUCUUCCAACAAGCAAAAAGAAAUCUGCAGAGUUGUAAGAUACUGAAAAAAUCUGGAUCGGGACCAAAAUGUUUAGUUGAAGAUAAAGAACACCAAAAGCCCUUCAAAAAAACCGUGGCUUUUGAUUUGAGACCAAGAGUGCUGCACCAAUGUGAAAAUCCAUUUCAAUGUACAAAAAUUCAUUGCAUUAAACCAUGUGGGCAUGCAUUGGUAGGCAUUUUGAAAAAAUCAAAAGAGAACAUUUCAAAAAAUGUGUUUCCAAAACCCUAUAUUAUUAAAAAGAGUAUAUAUUGUGCUAUUCAAUCUCAGGCGAGGAAUUUUUGUCAGAAUAGAGGAGAGAAUGGAUCAUCAUCAAAAAUAAAAAUUGAAAACCGGGAAGCAUGUUUGGAUAACCAAGAUGCACCAAGAAAACAAAUAAUUACUCAAAUUCCAGAGAAAAAUGCACUAUUGAAUCUACCUGAAAUGGAAAAACCACCUCCACUAAUGGAAAUGAAAUACAUCCAUCCAUCAUUUGCCCAGGAAAUUGAUCAUCAAGCAAAUAUAUUGAAGGGAAAAAACAAUAAUAUUCUAUUGAAGACAAUUAGCAAGUCUAUGAACAAUUUGAAUACACAUAAUAAAUCGCUGGUAAAAGCCCCAGCCCCCAUUCAAACAAAGGAAAUUUAUAAAUUACACAAAUGUAGGCAACAACUAUGUAGGGUACCUUCAAUAGCAAGAUCAGAUAAUCAACUUGCAUUCAGCACAUCAAGUGGUGAUUACAAAGAUAAAAAUAAAUGCAAAUCGGUUAGUAAAAGAAAAAGAAAAGGCCAUCCACAAUGUGCAAAAAAACGUAAAUCAAAAGCUAAUAGUUCAGGAGACAAAUGUAAUCCCAAGAAUGCAGAAGAGCGUGCAAAAGUUCUUGAAUGUAUCCCUUUCAAAGAAGAAACGAGGGAUCCAGAAGAGAUUGCAAAACUUUUAGAAUCGUGUUUUUCCAAAAGUGAAAAGUCAAAUGAAUGUGAUAGAAAGCCACAACAAACCACCUGUAAAGAUACAACAAAGGAUAAACAAUCAAAGCCUUUGGACAAGAACAGAGGUACCUGUGAUAAAUUACCUGUCGGUAAAAAACCAAAGUGUGAGAAAGAUGAGAAAAAAGAUAAUGUGAUUGAUGUUGGUUGUAAAAGUAGUUUACAAAAACUUUGUCAGAAAAUUACAAAACAAUUAACUGAGUAUACUGAAAAGAAAAAGAAGAUGAAGAAGAAGAAGCAUGUAGAGCCUUGUGAAAUGACAUGCCUUGAUGUUUGUGCUGAUGAUGGAAUCAUGAAAGAUGGAGAAGUUCCACCGGGCACGAAAAGAGAUUGUCGAUUUGUGUGUGAUGGUCAAGACCCAUGCGAUCCACCUAAACCAAAAAAAGCAUCAAAAACAAAUGUAUGUAAAGAAAUGUUUAAAAAGAAAAGAGAAACGAAGAAAAAGAAAUGUUCUAAAAAACCAAAGAAGAAAGUAGUUAAGUGUUCAGAGUCAGAAGACAAGAAAAAGAUUCGAAAAAAAUCAUCUUGUGCUGAUGUAUGUUUGUGGUUUCAAAAGGCAUUCAGAAAGAAACCACAACUCUACUCUGGGGAAUGUGAAAAACCAAAAAAAAAAUCACAACGUAUAAAAGUUUGUGAAAAUUCCUUUAAAAAAAUGUUGAGGAAGAUGCAGAAGAGAAAGAUAUACGGAAAUUAA